CUGCUCACUCUUAUAUAACUAAAAUCGCGCAGUUACUUGUACCCCAACCGUGUCUUAGAAAGAUUAUCCACAUUCAGAAGUUAGCCCGAAUGUAUUUGAUGUAGAACAAAUCCCUCAAUUUGUAACCACCUCGCUUACCUCCUCCCAUAGCGUAAUCACCCCGACAAAGGGGGAAAAAAAUCUUCAAAACCGAUGCUCUUUCAUAGAUUACCCUAUCAGGUGCAAACCGCUGACAAGUUUCCACCCACCAACAACAAGAAAAAAAACCUCUCAGUGCCCAAAUCCAAAGCCGCAGACACUUCACUGACAAGCAUUACUACAUCUCCCGUGCACGGAGGACCGGGCUAAAACUUUUAAUGCACGUUUUUAUAUUUGCGUUCCUUGGAUAACAGUCAAGUUUCAGCUCAGAGCGAGUUAUCUGCGCCAUCCUCUAUUCGCCAGUCAUCUUGAGCUAUACAGUUCUCCUGUUUUUUGUGUCUGAACAAUAGACCCGAAGAUUAUAAUAUGAUCUACGCAAGGUGUACAUUGUAGAUGUCCCCUGCAGGUAUACUCGGGAUUGAAGUUCCUGUGAUCUUUGGAGCAGCACACUUCCAGCGUGCCCCACUGGAUUUUUCCUUAACAAAUAAGGGUAAACCUACAAAGCACUGCUUACAAAUUAAAUACUUCCCGAGCUCAUCCUCGUCAAUUCACGGUAACCGGAGUGAGGAGACCGGGAGGAAGAUUUUUUUCCUUCUAUCUGACAAAUAAAAAAAAAAAUCUCAAGGAAGCGACUAAUGUUGCAAACAGCGGCGCAGAGUGACUUCAUUAAUCCAUCAUCACGGCGGGAGCGCAGUUCUCCUGCGGGAUACUUUCUGUAAGGACGCCGGCUGCUUCCUUUUCCACGCACCUCCCUGUGGUUUUUAAAAACUGUGGAAACAGGUGUAUUAGGACGACUCAAGAUGUGUCUUCUCCCUUCAAGGUUCAUCUACGUGUGUUUACAAUUCCUGGUCCUCUAUUUCCCGCUACAGGAGUCUCAGCAAAGCACGGCUGACUUCCGGGUUUACAUCGAGAACCACACCAGGAACCCGGACGACCUGAGUCGCAAGCAGAUACGAAUCUACCAGCUCUACAGUCGCACCACGGGGAAGCAUGUGCAGAUCCUGGGGAAGAAAAUCAACGCCAACGGGGACGAUGGGGGCAAGUAUGCCCUCCUCGUGGUCGAGACGGAAACAUUUGGGAGCCACAUUCGGAUAAAAGGAAAAGAGAGUGAACAUUACAUCUGUAUGAAGAAGAACGGCAAGAUUGUCGGAAAGCUCGAUGGGAGGAACCAGGAGUGCGUCUUCGUGGAGGAGUUCCUGGAAAACAACUACACCGCACUGGUGUCUGCCAAGUACAAGGGGUGGUACCUCGGAUUUAACCGGAAGGGUAGACCCAAGAAAGGCUCACAGACCACACAGACCCAGCAGGAGGUGCACUUUAUGAAGCGGCACCCCAAUCGCAGGUUCGACCCCCUGGAGGAGUUCCGCUUCACCACGGUGACCAAACGGACGCGUAGGGCACGGAGGUUAAAGCCCAUCCCCAGUACCAGCUAAGGGACCGUCGGGACCAAGUGUUCUCCCUAGUGAUUCCCAUCUUCUCGCCUUACGCCCUAAAGACUUAAACGACGACCAUAAACUUUAAAGAAAAAGAUGUUUUAUUUUUAUACUGGAGAAGCGUUAUAUCUCCCAACUGCUGGAUGUUCCUGGGUUAAUAUAAUUAUAAUUAUUUGUCGAAUUUUAUUUAUACUGGAUAGACUGAGGAGGAAACUACGCAACAAUGUUUUUCUACUAUGACUUCACAGUAGUAACAGGAAACCAGUUUUCUUGUGACGGAGAAGAAUCGAGGGGCUCACGCAGUCAAAAAUUCACUAGAAAUCCUUCCAGAUUCACACGCCGAGCCCCCCCCCCCUUGAGGACGGAUUCUGUAUUUCCCACAGUACGGUUGAACAUUUCAGACACCAAAAUGGACCAAAAAUAAAAUGCCAUGUGACAAUGACAUGUUAGGCAACUCCUUAGCUUUAAGUGCAAUACUUCAAACUACGGCUCUGCAUUCCAACAUGGCCGCCAUCAUCUUUGUUCUGACAUGUGGCAGUUCCUGGAUGGAGUGUGAUGAGUUGUGUUCGCUGUGCGGUUUCUCAAAUUCAAGUUCUCAUGCAACGUAGGAUUCGGCCCGACGCCACGUGCCAUUACUGUCCCAGUGCUGGGUACGUGAUAGUCUCCAUUCAGUAGACGGCUGGAUCUGAAGCGAGCAAGUAUUUCUAACUGCUGGAAUAGUGGACUGACCUUAAGACCCUCGGAACCCAAAAAGGCCUGUUUGUUGGUGGCAAGAAAAAGAUCUCCAUAACCAGGACUGGAACCAGAACUCAACCAUCUCCAUGUUUCCCCAAAUCCUGCUAAAUCCUUUGUUUGAUGCGAUUAUGACCUCCUAAGUAUGGGGUAGUUCUUAAACCGGCAAUAUACACCCAUAAAUGUCCCCACAGAAUUUACGUAGUGCUGUUUUGGGUCCUUAUAACUCUUUCUUUCAGUUAAGAAAAAAGCCCCAUACAUAUAUAAAUAUAUAUUAGCUAAACCAGCACGCAAACGUGUGUCGUAAUGAUUCGAAGGGUCAGAUUUGUUUCAUAGUACAUUCCCUUAGAAGCUGAAGUUCAUUGACAUAAAAACAGCUCUUACCUCAUAUGUACGUAGGUACCCAAAGGCAGGACUUGUUGGUGGUACCUGAAUUUUAUUACUACUUCAGUGACAUAUAAGAAGUAGUUUCUUACAUUUGACUGUCACUUUCAUGUUUAGGACGGAAAUUAAACAGUGAGGGAAUCCACAACAGAUGGAUCACAUCCAAGAGAAGAAAGACCCUUCAGGACUCUAGAAAUAUGUGUUGAUGAAAUUAUUUCAUGUGUCAUCCCAACAGAGAAUUCUAAGUUAUUUUUAAUGCCACAGAAUAUUAUAAAUUAGUAUUAUGUGAGGCCAGUUCCGGUGUUUUUUGUUUUCCUCAAGGAUAAAUGUACCAGAACUGCUUAUUACAGAAGAUUGUGGAGUUAUUGGCCCCAGAGAAGGUCUGAGUCUUGGUGGCAGCCAUUGUUCCGGUGGUUAAUGGUUAAUAUCCUGGGUUAUCUACUCCUCUGCCCUGAGGCAGUUCUCUGUCGUGUACAAGAUGCUACUAACAAUAUGUCACAUUUAUGAUUUUUAAAUGUAUGCGGAAAUAAUUUUUAUGACUAUUAUAAAAUAUUUAUUGCCUUUCUUUGUAAAUACAGCCCGAUGAAUUUGU